AUGACUAACAAAUACAAUAAAAAAGAAAACCAAGUAACCCCCUUCUCUCUCAAAACCAUCGACAACCAAACUAUCUACGCCUGGCACAUCCUCCCCCUCGGCCUUUACGCCCGCCACGAACCCAGCCUAUCCGCCCAAGACCGUUCUGUUUCUGCCGGUUUUGUCCCAGAUAUCACCACCACCCUCAACUUCAAGCUCCUGCGCGAUGACCCCGAAGCCAGGCUAGUACUUUAUUUCCAUGGAAACGCAGGCCACAUAACGCAAUCCAUUCGCCCGCGCUCCUUCCACGCGCUCACUUCCGUCUCCUCCAAGAUCCACGUUUUGGCAAUCGACUACCGCGGUUUCGGCCUGAGUACCGGCUCGCCGACGGAGGAAGGACUGAUUCUCGACGCUAGAGCGGCAGUCGAUUGGGCUACGAAAAUUGGUGGCGUCCCAGCGGAAAGGAUCGUUUUGUUGGGACAUAGUCUCGGAACGGCGGUGGCUGCUGGAGUGGCGGAAUUUUAUUGCUGUCCGACUAACCCUCAAGGUGAAGUUGGAUGCAGCAGCUCAGACGAUGGAAGUGGAACUGAACGUGGAAGCAACGAGGACGAAGACAAAGCCAGCAGCACCCAAAAACCCCUCCCUAACUUCGCCUCCAUAAUCCUCAUAGCAGGUUUCUCCUCCCUCCCCACCAUGUUAUCCUCGUACGCCAUAGCCGGCUGGCUUCCCGUCCUGCGCCCGCUGGCCGUCUGUUCACCCUGGCUACUGCGCAAAGUCAUGGCGCGGAUCGUGGAUAAGUGGCCUAGCGCUGAUCGGCUUACGCGGCUGACAAGGUUUGCGAAACGAGAUGGUCGCAGGUUGAACUUGACGCUGGUUCAUGCGAGGAAUGAUUGGGAUAUUCCGUACCUUGAGGAUGAUAAAUUGUUCAAGGGGGCGGUGAGGGGGUUGGUGGAGGCGGAGAUGGGGGUUGGGAUUCAAAAUGGGGAUGGAAGGGAUGAGGAGUAUGAGGGGUGCGAGAGGGUUAAGAAAGAAGAAAACAAAGAGGUAGAGAGGUGCGUGGAGAAUUUGUUGAGCGAGGAGAAGGGGAAGAGGACGGUGGAGAGGUGGUUGGAUAAUAAUGGGAAGAGCGGGAGUGAUAAGGACAGGGCGGCUGUGACGAUCUGGAAGGAUGAGGGGGUGGAAAUCAGGCAGGUGUUGUGGCCUUAUGGUGGGCAUAAUAAUCUCAUGUUUUAUGCGUCGGUGCCGAUGGCUGUUAUGAGGGCAUUUAGGCUUGUUGAGCAGCCUGAGAGCAGCCGGGACUGA